AUGUUCACAGCGGAAUGGUGUGGUCCCUGUAAGGUUGCUUAUCCAAGAUUUCAAAAGAAAUCCGAUGAGUUUAAAAAUACAACCUUCAUUUCUGCCGAUGUGGACCAUGCUCAGGACCUAUCUACUGAAUUUGGAAUCAAAGCCAUGCCAACGUUUAUAGCUAUCGAGAAUGGUGAAAAAAAAGAGACUUUAAUUGGAGGGGAUCUUCGUAAUGUAAUUCCAUUUUUGGAGCGAUACGCAAAAUAG